AGUUCUCAGUAAAGAGUGCGGUCAAAAUAUAGACAAACUUUGUUUUAGACUCGUCAGAAAGUAUAGACAAAUAAAAAUAUAAACCAAUCAAAAUCGAGAUAAGAAAAAAAACGUCCGAAAAAAUCAUAAAAAUACUUUAUGACAUGUCUAAUUUGUGACCUGUAUAUUUUUGCUUAAUCUUUGACCUUUCUAACCUCUCAGUACAUAGUUUUAAAUUUACGCUUCACUAUCAUAUUAUUGCUUUUGCCAACUCGUAACGGUGUUUUUUUUCUAUUCUGAUUUGGCAAUAAACCCUGGCAAAAUCAGGUGGAAUGGCAACAGAAAAUUUUCACAUUUCUCUUAAAUCGUUCAAAUUGGAAAACGUCCUAUUCGAAGGACCCUUCACAGAAAACUCGAUUUUAUCGACCAAAACUUUCAAAAGCUUACCUAGCGACAUUUUUCUGACAACUUAUCCUAGAACUGGAACCACAUGGAUGCAAAAUAUUCUUAUUGGUUUAAUUUUUGAACCCGAAACAGUUGCGACUACAGGCGCAGAGGAAAUGGGAAGAAUGUUUCCAUUUAUGGAGCACAUUUCAUCCUUCUUCGGAAAUAGCGGAUACGAACGCGCCGAAUCGAUGACGACAACUCCUCGGCUUUUUAAAACUCAUUUGCCGAUUCAUCUGGCGCCGCAAGAUAUUUUCACCGAGAAACGAAAAAACAUCGUAGUUGUUCGAAAUCCGAAGGACACGGCUAUUAGUUAUAACACAUUUUACAUGAAAAAACCAGUUCUGAAAGAUUUUUACAGAUGUGAAAACUUGGAACAGUUUCUGGACAAAUUUUUGGAAGGAGAAAUUUUAUAUGGAAGUUGGUGGAAGUGGACAAAAGAGUGGAUAACAGAAGCCAGAAGUCAUCCAGAAAACAUCUUAGUGCUCCAUUACGAAGAUAUAGCAUUGGACUUCGCUGAAGCUGUGAACAAAAUGUGCCUCUUUCUGAAUCUUCCAAUUCUUAGCGAUGUCAAAUUAGACGAGCUGCGCAUAUUGACUUCAAUUGAUGAUAUGAAGGCGAGAUAUGAGCCCACUGGUAGCUACUUGAUCAAUGCAGGUGGAUCGGGUGGAUGGGAGGCUCACUUUUCAGAAGGCUACAGACAAAAGUUUGACAAACUUACCAGAGAAAACUUCGGACACUUCCCAUUUGUAGAUAAGUUUUUAUGAACUGAACUUGUUAUCAAAAUAAGAAACGUAAUUUAGGUUCCUCGUGGUGAAUGUGAUGAGAAUGCUUUGUGGUUAUUUCUUCUAGC